AGCAGACGGAAAGGAACAUCUCCCGGUGCAGGACGAACGGAUUUGUAUACUUGGAGGAUUUAAAAACAAACAAACAAACAAAAAACCUGAAUUUUGAUUGCACGCCGACGAAAAAAAAAGAACGAAAACAAUGUGUGUUUUUAAAAAGACAGAGAAGAGGACGAGGCGUCAUCCGACAUUCCUUCUUUUGUGCGCCGUCCUGCACUGCACGUCUGCGGUGACGCACUAUUCCGUCCCGGAGGAAAUGGAGGAAGGAUCCGUCGUGGCCAACUUAGCUGCGGAUUUAGGUCUGGAUGUGAAAACGCUGCUUGAGAGGAAAGUGCGCCUGGAGACCAUCGCCGGUGGGAAAUAUCUGGACUUGAACAAAGAAACCGGCGAGCUGUACAUCGCCGAGCGCAUAGACAGGGAGGCUCUGUGUCCCACCAAAAUGUCAUGUUACCUGAAAAUGGAGGUGAUCAUCGACAAUCCCAAACGGAUAUUCUACAUUGAAUUAGAGGUGCUGGACAUAAAUGACAACGCUCCUCAUUUCCGAAGGGACACCAUUGAUUUGGACAUUUCAGAGGCGACGCAGGCAGGUGAGCGCUUCUCUGUGAGCAACGCAGUGGACCCGGACGUCGGGGACAAUUCUGUGAAAACAUACCAAUUAAGUGAAAGUAAAUAUUUCACUAUAGAAAUUCAGACUGGAAGAGAUGGGUCUAAAUUCGCUGAUUUGAUUCUGAAAGAGGCUUUGGACCGAGAGCUGCAGGCUGUGCAUAAAUUAAUACUAACGGCAGUAGAUGGCGGUACACCCUCACGUUCUGGCACUGCCAGGAUUAUUGUUCAGGUUUUAGACACCAAUGACAACGCCCCUUUGUUUGAUGAAUCUAUUUACAGUGUGAACAUAAUGGAGAAUUCUCCUAUUGGCAGCCUUGUUAUUGAUUUAAAUGCGACUGACUUAGAUGAAGGCUCCAACUCCGAUUUAACAUAUUCAUAUAGUUUAUACACACCAGAGAAAACACAAGAAACGUUUCACUUAAAUCCUACUACUGGUGAGAUUACUGUUAGAGGAAUGUUGAAUUAUGAAGAUUUUAAGAUUUAUGAUAUGGAAGUUAUAGCAGCAGACAAAGGAGUCAACAGUUUAUCAGGACAAUGUACAAUUAAAAUUCAAGUUGAGGACAUGAAUGACAACCAUCCAGAAAUAUCUAUUAAAUCUUUCCAAAGUCCAGUCAGUGAGAAUAUUGAUGUUGACACGGUGAUAGCAGUGGUCAGUGUGAGUGAUAAGGACUCAGGUGACAAUGGAGUAGUGGAUCUUCACAUUCCUCGUAAAAUGCCUUUUAAACUGAGGGAGUCCUCUGAUAACUAUUACGAGUUAGUGGUCUCCGAGCCUUUAGACCGUGAGAAGGUUCCAGAAUAUGACAUCACCUUCACUGUCACAGACCGAGGCUCCCCUCCUUUGAGUGACAAUGAAACCAUGACUUUACAGCUGCUGGAUGUGAAUGAUAAUGUUCCACACUUCCCUCAGUCCUUUUAUACCAUACGUGUGAUGGAGAAUAACGCUCCUGGCGCCUUGCUCAGUUCACUCAGUGCGUUUGACCCUGACCUCCAUGAGAACCAGUACCUAGUUUACUUCAUCCUAGAGAAGGAGAUCGUCAACACCUCCAUGUCCAUGCUGUUCUCCAUCAAUCCAGAGAACGGGAACCUUUACGCACUAAAGACUUUUGACUAUGAGAUGGAGAAGGACUUUCUGUUCCACAUUGAGGCCAGAGACUCUGGCUCUCCUCCACUCAGCAGCAACGUCACAGUCCACAUCAUCAUUAUGGACCAGAAUGACAACACCCCAGUUAUUGUCUCUCCUUGGCGAGCGCACGGCUCCGUGGUGGAGGAGAAGAUCCCCAGAUCCACUGAUAAAGGAUCUCUGGUCGCCAAGGUGAUAGCUUUGGACGUGGACUCGGUGCACAACUCUCGCAUCACCUACCACUUCCUGCAGGUGACUGAUGCCACCUUGUUCAGUCUGGACCAGUACAACGGAGAGAUCCGCACCAUGAGGAUGUUCAGUUACAAAGAUCCACGUCACCAGAGACUGGUUGUUGUUGCCAAGGACAACGGGGAUCCGGCUCUCUCUGCUACAGUCACCAUCAAGCUGUCCACGAUGGAGACUGCUGUGAAGGCCCACUCGGACAUGACUGAGGUGCCCAUGGAAUACGACAUCUUCUCAGACCUCAACCUGUAUUUGGUCAUCGGUCUGGGCUCAGUGUCCUUCCUGCUGCUCAUCACCAUCUUGGUCACCAUCGUGCUCAAGUGUCAGAAUACCAAGCCCAGCAUGGCGGCUCCGCCCAGCAGGAACAGUGUGAUCAGUGAGAGGAACUCCACCAUCGCAGAUUCCACUCUGGUGUCCAACGAUGCCUACUGGUACAGUCUGUUUCUGGCAGAGACCAGGAAAGGAAAGAUGGUGGUCAGGCAGCCUGUGCCAAAGGGUUCCCGAUACAUCGUGUCCAGUAUUCCCAGGAGCACAGGCAUGUCUGAGACUAGUGGCUCUGCUCCUUCAACCUUGCAGGUAUGA